UCCAGCUGCGAGCGACAGAUGUGAUCCGAAAAGAGCACCUGGACGACGGGGGGUUCGGGGAAGUCUACCUGUGUUAUCACGUCCACCUCGGUCCUGUGGUGAUGAAGACCAUGUACACGGGUCCUCUUCGCAACGAACGGAAAAAAAAUCCUGGAAUGAUGACGACGGACGGCUGACUGAUCGCCUGCAACGAUGGCGGUCAAGUACGCAGAUGAACAAACGUGACGUCACGUGGAAUCCAGCCGUUGGGCAAACGGCAGACUCCACCCUGCACUGGUCGCUGGUCACAUAUCGACGGACACGCAAUCUAACAAAACAAAUCGGCUUGAUAUUUCAGUUUUUAUUUGAAGUUACGCUGCGUUGUUGUCAUUUUCGGGUACCGUUCGCCGACACAGCUGUGAACCGUGAGGGUCGGCGCAGCAUUCUCCAAUGGAGGGCACAGAUUUUGUUUCCGCGACGACCGGUGGGCGUUUCACUUCCGGAACCGCAAAGAAUUCCACUCCACGCUCAUUAGUCGGACCUGGGAAUGCGGUACAAUAUGAAGUCGCCACCUCGACAAACACAAAUCCUCUCCCCCGCCGACAUUUCUUUCGGCUUGUCCCGUUAGGGGUCACCACAGUGCGCCAUCUCAGAUGGACGCCCAUAUUUGUGUGGCACAGUUGAAGGAGCGCAGGAUACGAACUCACAACCCUUUGGUUACCACACCAAUGCUCUGACCACUGAGCCAUGGGGCCUCCUAAAUGGCAGAGCCAAAAGAGACCCCAUAACCGAGCGCGUCCACGUUGUGCCUUCGCAAAACUCUUCUGGCUUCUCUUCAAAUUCAUCCAGGGAGAGCAAAAAGUCUCUGCUGAAGGAAGGAAGCAUUAUGGCGAGCCUCAACCACAAGCGGGUGGUCCAGUUACUGGGCGUCAUCAUGGAGGACGGGGGCUGCUCUUUGGUCAUGGAGUUGAUGCCCAGGGGAAACCUGCUGGCAAUGCUGGAGAAGGUGGCCGUGCCCGUGUCGAUCAAGGGGAGAAUUAUCUUGGAGGUCUUGGAAGGGAUGGUCUACCUCACCGAGAGGAACGUCAUCCACAAGGACAUCAAACCAGAGAACAUUCUGAUCGACAAAGAUUUUCACAUCAAGAUCGCCGACCUCGGCCUCGCCACCUGCAAGACGUGGACGAAACUCACCAAGGAGGAGUCGCACAAGAAGAGCCGCAUGGGCCUGUCGGCCAGGACGAGGGGGGCCGGCACGCUGAGCUACAUGGCGCCCGAGCACCUGCAGAGCGUCAACGCCGUCUCCACGGAGAAGUCCGACGUCUACAGUUUCGCCAUCGUGGUCUGGGUCGUCGUCACCGGCAAAGAGCCCUAUGCAAACGCCAGGAAUGAAGAUCAAAUCAGCCAGUGCGUCCGCAACGGCAACCGGCCGGCGAUGGACCUCGUCCCUGCCGACACGCCGCCAGAAAUCACUCAGCUGAUGGUGACGUGCUGGGCUCACAACCCGCUGCAACGGCCAACGUUUCUGGAGGGCUACGACCGAUUUCGUCCCUUCUAUGAGACGGCGCUCACGCCGCAUGUGGAAAAGGAUUUAAUUCAUCUACGAGCUCUGUACGAAGGCCCGGAUCAGCUCGUCGACAAGAUGAAGUCUUUGUCGCUGACUGACGAAUGCAUUUCAAUGGAUUCUCCAGCUGAUCUGGAGAGCGCAGAGCAAAGUCCGAAUGGGCCGGUGGAAGCCAGCAUCGAAGACUUCCACGGCGCUCCGUCCGGGUCCGGCGUCGACUCAGAAGUCUCGGAAGUCUCGUUGGAGGAGAAGCUGCAACCCGAGUUGGACUACCACAAACACGGCAGCUACAACUGCGACGGCCCGUCCGACCCGCUCAAUAGCCAGAAUCAGAGAAAGCCCCGGAAUAUCCCGCCCGGCCCGCCAGAACGCGACACAACUUUCGUGUCCUCCGUCCAUUCCUGGACAAAAGCAGAACCCGUGCAGCCCAGCAGCCAGGAAGACAUUUGUCAUUAUCCCUCCUCCGCCGCCGCCGCUCGCCUCCACGAGUCGGUGACGGAUUCCACGCCGAAGCCGUCCAUCUUUCAGACGUCCACCAGCGUGAACCAGCAACAUCCGGAUUUCCACUAUUCCCACCAGCAGUCCUGGCCUCCGUCGUCAGUGUCGGAAACUUCGGGGUACCUGUGCAGUUUGAAGAAGGGCGGGGCGGCCCUGGAUUCCAGGUCGCUCUACAUCACCAACGCCAGGGGGAUCCAGAUCGGAAACAACAACAGCCUCAGUAUCCACAACUACGACUCCGCUCAAAGUUUUUUCUCUCAUCCGGGGAACAUAUGCACCAGCCCCCAGCUCAGAGAAGGGAUUCAGAAAUAUGAGGACUGCGCCGUGACCGAAGAGCACCUCGACGUGCUGAGGAAAAACAUCGGCGCCAAGUGGAAGAUUCACGCGCGGCGCCUGGGCCUGACCGACGUGGAAAUAGAAACCAUCGAGUACGACUGCUCCCUGGACGGCCUGCCCGAGAUGGUCCACCAGAUGCUGCAACACUGGAAAAUGAAAGAAGGGAGUCUCGGCUGCACCAUCGGGAAGCUUUGCCGCGCUCUCGAAGGCAUCAUAGACGUCGAAGUCAUUCAGCAAAUUCUGAACAUCUGCGCUGCGACUUCCUGUCUCUGACCAACUUCCCGCUCGUGCAUCGUCGUCAAUUAUUUCUCCUUGUAACAAUUUUUUUCCCCCCGAUCGAUCGGAUGCCUAGCCUGGCAUUCUGCCGGUUUUGGGCUUUCUCAUUCUAUAAAUAUCCGUUUCCGUUGGUGCGGAGCUGGUAGGAAUUGUGGUUCGGUGCCAAAUAACUCAAAAUUUACAUUUUUGUAUUUUGAAAAUUGAUAUCUGUGGGAGUCGGGGGGGGGGGGGAAUUGUGUUUGCCCCCCCCCCUCUUUGUGGUCAUUGUGUGCCCUUUAAAGGCCUCGUUACUGUCCCACGCGACAACGCGGCCCCCCUGGCGUCAUUUUCUUCACCGCUUAUCCUCACUAGGGUCGGGGGGGGGGGUGCCAGAGCCUAUCCCAGCUGUCAACGGGCAGCAGGCGGGGGCACACCCUGAACUGGUCGCCAGCCAAUCGCAGGUCACAGGGGGGCAGAGAAAAAAGUCGCGCUCACAAUCACAAUUUAGCGUGGCCAAUUAUUGUUGCGCGUUUUUUGGGACGUAGGAGCAAAGCGGACGGUUUUGGGGGUGGUGCCCCCACUCAUCGGAUGACCAGGUCGCCGGUUCACCUUCUAGCUGUGGUGGGGGCUGACUACUUAGGGACCCCCCCCAACAACUCUUUUGACCUUGGAAACUUUUUGGGAUGUCACCUGACUUGUAAGUCCUCUUCUACGGAUGUUUAGACUUUACAGCACAACACGCUCGUUGCACUGCCAGGUCCAAUGUGACAUUUUAGUAUUCAUAUACGGUAUGUACAUUCUUUUCAACAUUUCUCAACGCUUGUUCUGUCUUCUUUUCCCCUCAUCCUCGCCUCCAACACCUCAUUCAGUCCAAAUGAACAUUUUCGGUAAACGGCCAUCCGAGUACAAAGAUCCAAAGUUGGCAGUAAAAAAAACACAAAAAAACCCGCACAGAAAAACAGUUCCGGGGUAAAAGGAAUACGGGUCCUCCGUUCCGCCCGACUCGGCAGUCGAACAGGACAGAACAGGACAAGGUUAAAAACAAAUUCAUUCAAAUGGUAACCGGGAUGCAAUUUUUUUUUUUGUAUUUCUUCGAGUUUCUCAAUAAACAGAAUUUCCUGUC